AUGUCGAGCUACGGUAGCAUCUCUCCCUCGGACGAAGGCUUCGACCGAUAUGAGCCUCCCUUCUAUUGUCCGCCUAGUCAUCAAGGAAGCCCCAUGGACGGCGGAGUGUACUGGCCCGGGGUGGAGCCCGAGUUCGACGCCCGGGACGUGUACCACGAUAACCAGCACUACAUCUCCAGGAGCUACGGUUACGACGACGUGAACAUGUCAAACGAGCCAUACGACGGUUUCCAGAACAUACAUCAGAACUACAUUCAGAACAAUACAGUGGACUGCGAGCUCCAGCUCCCCCGCUACCCCCGCCCCUCGGCCCCCUCCUUCGUCCGCGUCGUCAAGCGCCGCAGCACGGCCAACAAGAAGGAGCGCCGGCGCACGCAGAGCAUCAACACCGCCUUUACGGAUCUACGGGAGUGUAUACCGAAUGUGCCGCCUGACACCAAGCUAUCUAAGACGGCAGUGCGAUCGGCCGGCGUGAACGCUGCGUUCUCGCUGCUACGCGCACGCAUCCCGCGCGUCGCGCCCGACACUAAGCUAUCCAAGAUCAAAACGCUUCGGCUGGCCACCUCCUAUAUCUCCUACCUCCUCAAGGUCCUGGAGACGGAUGGGGAGCCUGCUGGAGGCUUCAGAGCUGAGCUGCAUCACGCGCCACCGCGCCGGAGAGCUGAUGCACAGAGCACAGCAGAGAAGAGAGGGAACGGUCGAACGGGCUGGCCGCAGCACGUGUGGGCGCUGGAGCUUAAAACAGAACAGAACCUGAAGACCUAGCUCUAGGCCUAGGUCUAGACCCAGAGCUUGAGACGAU